CAUUGCAGCAUUCUACGAGUAUCAGCUUUACGACCAGAGACGGUACUCCAUUGGAGGACGAUAUACUGGAAAAAUUUGGUGAAUUAAGCGGUCCAACAAGACGUGGGAGAGGCUCUGUAUUAUACAGACACUCACUGCUCACACCUAGUGAUGAACCAAGCCACAGCUUCAUACUUCCACAGUCGCCUGGUGCAGCUUUACAUAGGACAUCUCCACGGCGGCACAGUGUGGCCAUUGGGCAGAGAACUCGCUGGAGCCUAUUGCCACGUAAACAUCGCCGUCGAAACAGUGCUAGCUCAGAAUCUACGACUCCUGAUGCAUUGUCAGCUUCGGCGAAGAAACUUAGGAGCUCGUCAGAGGCUUUGCCAGAUGAGGACGAAGAGUAUGUGCCGUUGGUGGAAAGCCACAAUGACGCAGGCUCUGACAGUGAUGACAGCAAUGAGACAGAGUCUGGGAUCAGCAAGGCUGCUAAGAUGCGUGGUAAUCGACAUAGCAAGGAAACCCUGUCAACUAUUGCGCUUGAUGACGAUAACGACUAUGAGUAUAUUCCAUCCGACAAGAGAGGUUCUGUUACAGGCUACAGCGACACAGACUCUUACAGUCACGAUAGCUUGGACACUGAACCUAGCAUCAGUAAAGCUAAGAAGUCGAAUCCACAGAGGCUCAAGCCAGUGGUCAAGUCCGAACGUCGGUCAGUCUCGCAACACGCAGCAGCGAAGUUGAAACGCCGAUCUGUGUCGACGCUCGUUCCGCGAUCGUCGGGCGGGCGGGCGGCCCCGCUGCUCAGGCGAACCUUAAACCGGCACACGGGAAACGACGGGCGUGCUGUCCCCUCUGCUACGCGGCGACGUGUCUCAACGGCGAGACGUGCAGCCCAGAGCCCCUCGAGUCUCGCCACGGUGAGUCGAAAGUCGAAGAGAUCCACCGCGGCGCGGGGAGUCGCCACGACGAGUCCAGCCGUGGCCCCGACUAAGAGGUCACGGACAACGCGCGUCAAGGUGACCGUGAAGAAGGUGACCCCGCAUUCCUGCCUGUCGCCGGAAUCUUACAAGCGGAUGAUUGAACUGCGCUCGCCCCGAUCGCCCGUCCGCUCUCCUGUCUUUGCCGGGGAUGGCACUCCCCUAAACAGGAGAGGUGUGCGGAAAGAAGGGAAGCGCAUCACGCCUAAAGCGGAGUUGACGUUGCUGUCUCCUAGCGUGGCGCUUAAGAGAAUACGGUUGAGACCUGCAGGCGAAAAUUCCUCCGUUGUAUUGAAGUCGACUGGGAAGAAAUCGAAGAGAAAGUCGCGCUUGUGGAAAGAUUCGUUGCGCAGAUAUACUAUGAUACAAGAUAGCACUGCAGCGGUAACACCUCCUAGAAGGCAGGAGCGGUUGCCAAACCAAUCCUCGGCAAAAAAGCCAAUAGCUAUGAAGCAUGCAGUAGCAGUUGGCUCAACGCCAGUACGUCCUACUACUUGUAUCAUGACGAUGGCAGGAGGUAGGGCAUCUACUCCUCGGCGAAAACCCCUUGACGUCGCUACACCUCGUAGCUCGCCGCGGAAGGCACGCCAGGUGGCGCUGGUUCCGAAAUCUCAUGCACCUGCCCCUGCUAUAAGCAAAACACCGAGACCACAGAGAGAACUGAAGGGAAGAAGUACACCUGUGUCGACAGUUAAAGGAACACAAAUGUCACUGAGAGAGCUGAAGACAAGAAGUACACCGGUGCAGAUAGUAAACAAGACACAAACACCACAGAGUGGGCUACGCACUAAAAAUAGUACACCUCGAUUGGCCAAGAGCACGACACAGGCACCACACAGUGGGCUAAGCACUAGAAAUAGUACACCUGUAUUGUCUAAGAGCACGACACAGGCACCACACAGUGGGCUAAGCACUAGAAAUAGUACACCUGUAUUGUCUAAGAGCAUGACACGGACACCACAGAGUAGGCUAAACACGAGAAGUACACCAGUGCUUGCAGCAAGCAAGACGCAGAUGCCACAGAAAGCACCGAACACAAGAAUCCGUACACCUGUCCCACCUAAAAACAAAACACAGAUGCAGACACCAAAGACACCUCUGAGCACUAGAACAAAAACUCCCGUCUUAGCUGCAGCCAAGACACCAACACUCCAGAGGACACUGAGAACAGGAGGUCAGCGUACCCCAGUCGCAGCCGCAAACAAAACAGGGAUGCCGCAGAGGGCGCUAAGUGUGGGAAGCCACGCGUCACGCACGCCUGUGACUGCAGCCAAGACAAAGACACCGAGGUCGAGCGCUUCUGCUCGCAUAUCUCACUCGAAGCUUCGGCGUUCGUCAACCAGGGUUCAGAGCGCAGAUAAGUGGAGGAGGUCUGCCGCUCAUCAUAGAAGGAGCUCCCGCCUGGAGACGCUAUCCACGUCCUCAUCAACCAGUCCUGCGAGUAAACCCAAGCACGUCGACGACAAGAGCGAAGAUUUUGUGCCGUCAGUUGACGGUAGUUCUGUUGCGAGUUCUAGUGGCAGUCGUGGUAGUGAUGACACAGAUCUUGGGGGCCAUAAGCCCUCAUCUGCUAAGAGGAACAGGAAGCAAGAACCCAAGGAAACUCUGUCAACACUUGCACCUGACGAUGAGGAAGAAGAUGAAGACUAUGUUCCGUCAGUUGACGGUAGUUCAGUUACGAGCUCCAGCGACAGUCGUGGUAGUGAUGACAUAGAUCUUGGGGCCCAUAAGCCCUCAUCUGCUAAGAGGAACAGGAAGCAAGAGCCCAAGAAGGAAACCCUGUCUACACUUGCACCUGACGAUGAGGAAGAGGACGAAGACUAUGUGCCAUCGGUCGACGGUAGUUCUGUUGCGAGCUCCAGUGACAGUCAUGCUAGCGAUGACACAGAUCCCGGGGUCAGUAGCCAUUCAUUUACUAACAGAAACAGGAAGCAAGAACCCAAGGAAACCCUGUCAACACUUGCACCUGACGAUGAGGAAGAAGAUGAAGACUAUGUGCCGUCAGUUGACGGUAGAUCUGUUGUGAGCUCCAGUGGCAGUUAUGGUAGUGAUGACACAAAUCUUGGGGUCCAUAAGCCCUCAUCCGCUAAGAGGAACAGGAAGCAAGAACCCAAGGAAACUCUGUCAACACUUGCACCUGACGAUGAGGAAGAAGAUGAAGACUAUGUUCCGUCAGUUGAUGGUAGUUCUGUUGCGAGCUCCAGUGACAGUCAUGCUAGCGAUGACACAGAUUCCGGGGUCAGUAGCCAUUCAUCUACUAACAGAAACAGGAAGCAAGAACCCAAGGAAACCUUGUCAACACUUGCACCUGACGAUGAGGAAGAAGAUGAAGACUAUGUUCCGUCAGUUGACGGUAGUUCUGUUGCGAGCUCCAGUGGCACUCGUGGUAGCAAGGACUCGGAAUCGGAGGUUUAUAAAUCUUCAUCUGCUAAAAAAAACAGAAAGCAAGAACGCAAGGAAACCCUGUCAACGCUUGCAUCUGACGAUGAGGAAGAGGACGAAGACUAUGUGCCGUCGGUUGACAAUGGUUCUGUUACGAGCUCUAGUGACACAAACUCUUCUAAUCGUGAUAGCGACGACGCUGAGUUCACUGUCAGUAAGCCUUCAUCUGCUAAGGGGAAUGUGGUGUCAAGCCCCUUGUCGAGCAGACCUGCUCGAAGACACACUCACGCGAGUGAGACAACCGAUUGGGAAGGGCAGAGGUUGACACGAAAACGCCUUUCCGAGGUCCACCGUAAUGAGAACGAAGUACGACCCACUCAAUCGGGUCGCCGGAGUGAUACGGGCGUACGUAUGACUCGUCGCAGCCCCUACACAGGAAUAAAAUCGACUUCAUUGCCGAGCAGCCCUGUCAGAAGAGGCAUCCGCACCAGCUUGGCUGCAGCAAAACAGCAAAGUGCCACACAGCGUCAGCAACGUGCAAGGCGAACUAGUACCUCCGAUGCUAAGAGCACGGUUACUGCUUCGAGGAACUUGCCGCCAAAACGUCACUUGAAGGGGCAUGAUAAUGAGGACGCACAUGUGUCACACAUAAGGACAGUUGAUAGGAGACGAUCCACAGGUAGCCACCUCCAUCGCAAGAUCAGCUCUCACAUGGCAAUCAAAUCAACCUCGUUGCCAGGCAGUCCUGAUGCACAAAGCCUGCACGUCAUUGUGGCAGAGCAAGAGCAGAGUCCUGCGCGUAGAAAUCGGCCGGAACCUAAUGACAAUCGCACCGUCGGGAACGCCAAACGUACGCUCACCGACAAGGUACCCUCGCCGCCGAAACAUCGUACUCGUGCAAGCGACGUCGGACCCAGGGUGCAGGCAGAUCUCCCAGGUGACGGGAGACGAUCAGCGGGCGGUCCCCUCCUUUGCAGGAGGAGCUUGCGUGCGGGGACCAAGUUGCUUUCCUCGCCGGGCAAUUCCGUCGCGAAUCGCCCAAGCGCCGCGGUCGUCGAGCCGAAAGGUCAGGUGCUGACGCGGAAACGCCUGCGGAACCAGAGCGGUCACGAUGACGACGUCUCACUCGACGUCGUACGGAUGCAACCGGCGAAACGAGUGUCUACCGUGUCGCCGCGGCGAUCGCGAGCGCAUCUUCCGGGGAGCACGCGGGAGACGUCGUGGAUGCUGCAGACGAGCGCGAGCGAGUCUGACGGAAUGCCGUCGCCCGUCGUGUUGCGUGGCCGCGACACGCGCACGCCGGGCGCGCCGUACAUCAGCUGCCGGCGCCUCAACAUCUCGUCGCGGUCAGCCUCCAGUCUGAGCACGUCGAUGGGCGACAGCGCGCUUGAGUAUCAGUCAGAGAUGGACGCAGAGGAGGCUGACAGUGAGAGCAAGAUGUGCGACACGCAAGCAUGUUGCAUCCUGUGAGGCAUGCGCGCGCGCGUUCGGACGUCUGUUCGCGUCCUACGCGGGGGUUUAGGUUGGGCUUAGAGAGAUGGCUGCAGCAAUGUUUUGAUUGUGGCGAGUUUUUAUUAACAAAAUUUUAAUGGAUUUUAUCAAGAGCUAAUAAUACCUAGAGUGUACAACGAAAAAACGGGAAAAUAGUGCUAUUUCACAACAACAU